GGUCAGAGAAGAUCAAAUUUGAUGUUCUGUGAUUAAAAUUAAAGUUUAUUCAAAAUUUUGCGCUCGACUACUUUAUUGUUUUUUAGAAAAAUGUCGAAGAAGGCAUGUGUGUUUUUAGCACCAGGAGCUGAGGAAAUGGAAUUUGUUAUCUCUGUUGAUGUCCUAAGAAGAGGGGAUGUGAAAGUAACUGUUGCUGGCUUACCUGAUAAUGCCGCUGUCAAGUGCAGCAGGCAAGUUAAUAUAGUACCAGACUGCAGUUUGGCAGAAGCCGCUCAAAAAGGUCCUUAUGACCUUUUGGUAUUACCAGGAGGAUUAGGAGGAGCUGAGGCUCUAUCUAAGUCGAAAGAGGUUGGUAAAUUAUUGAAAGAGCAGGAAUCUGCUGGUCGAUUCAUUGCAGCUAUUUGCGCUGCACCAACUGCCUUGAAAGCACACGAAAUAGGAGUUGGAAAAACUGUAACUUCGUAUCCUUCAGUAGAAUCGCAAAUGACCGAGGGUGGUAAAUACAUUUAUAAGCAGGAUAAAGUAGUUGUUGAUGGAAAUAUAAUUACGAGUCGUGGACCUGGUACUGCUUUUGAUUUCGCUCUCAAAUUAGUCGAUAUGUUGAAUGGAAAAGAAAAAGCAUCCGAAGUUGCAAAGGCAAUGCUUUUAAACUAUUAAAUGAUUGUUUUGCUACAAGUCCUGGUCUAUUGAGAAAUAAAAGAACAGUUGGUA